AUGCGCGCCGCCGUGGAUGCGGUCGAGGGGCUUGCGGACCCGCUGGCUGCGCGAGGGGCGGGAGGGCUGAGCGGCGCCUCCGUGAUGGCCGCGGAGGUGUCGCUGCUGCACCGGCGGGUGGCCGCGGCGGAGGCGAGCGUGGAGGCGGCCCUCUCCUCCCUCGGGCUCCGCUUCAGCACGUCGGGCGCCCUCGGCCGGCGGACGCGGUACCAGGAGAAGUCGAUCGCGCAGCUGACGCUGCAGGCGAGUGUCGUGCGGGCGGCGAGCGCCGCAGACGCGACAGCCGUCGAGCAGCUCGAGCCGUACGUGCGCGCGGUGACGGAGGCGCCGAAGGUGUGGGCCGCCGCGACGCGCGCGCUGCGCCUCAAGGUGUGGUCGCUCGGUUCGGAGCUCGCCCGCUCGCUCGCCGCGCUCGGCAUGUUCACGCAGGCGGCGGGCAUGUUCUCCGAGAUGCGGCUCUGGGACGAGUACAUCCAGACGCUCGCCGAGCGGGUGGUGCGCGAGCGGCUCGACGCCGCGCCGACGCCGGAGAUGUGGUGCUACCUCGGCGACUUCACCGAGGAGACGCGACACUACUCCACCGCGUGGGAGCUCUCGGCCGGAUCGCGGCAGGCGUGGGAGGAGGCUCGCUCGGAGCUUCGCUGCGCGCUCGGCGUCAAGGCGCGCGGCCUGGCAGAGGCGCGGUGCUUGCCGUUCCGCUGCGGGCGCCUUCACGCCGCCGUGCUGUCAGCAGGCGCACCUCGCCGAGGCGUGGUACUGCUGCGCCGCGCGUGGGCCACGCUCGGAGGCCUCUUUGGGCAGCUCCGGCAGCCGCGCGAGGCGCUCUGCGCCUUCCGCGAGGCGUGCCGCCUCCGCGGCGAGAAGCACGAGCUCUGGAAGAGCUCCGCCGCCCUCGCCGCCGACCUGAGCAUGUACUCGGAGGCGAUCUUCCGCGGCCGGCGCGCGCUCGAGACGGGCGGCGCGCCCGACCCGGUCCUCGCCGCCGUGCUGGCUGACGCGGUGGUCAAGGACACGCGCGCCGCAGACAUGACGGGCGCGCGCCGGCUGCUGCCGCAGCUGCGGACGCUGCUCGGUCUCUACACCGCCGCGCAGCCUGGCGCGGCGCAGCACUGGCAGACGGCGCUCUACGUCGAGCGAAAGCGCGCCUCGACCGAGUGGACCAAGGACGCGGCCGCGCUCGACGCGGUCUCCGAGGCGGCGGCGCAGCUGGUGGAGGCGCGGCUCGACUCCGGGUGCGAGCCCGGCGAGCUCAAGAGGCUCGGGGCGACGGUCGACGAGCUGGUGCACGCCGCCGCGGAGCGGCUCGCCGCGACGGCCGGCUCCGAGGGGUUGCGGAUGGUGCAGGCGCGCCUGCGCCGCCACCUCGAGGACCUCGACUGA